AUGUUGGGCUGGGAACAGUUGUGGAAAGAUUUACUGGAGUUGGCUGUAUCUAUAGCUGAUCCUUGGAUGGUGAUAGGGGAUUUUAAUGAGAUUUUUUUCCAUCAUGAGAGAAUAGGUAAAAAGGUUACUGCUAAACUCUCUAGUAGCUUUCAAGAUUGCCUAUCAUUCUGUCACUUGGAGGAUUUAAAGUUUUCAGGCUGCUUCUAUACUUGGAACAAUAAACAAAAGGCAGAGGAGAAGAUUUAUUCAAAGAUUGAUCGUGCUUUGGUUAAUUCACAAUGGACAAAUUAUUUUCCAAACUCAGAAGCUGUUUUUCUUCCGGAAGGACUCUUUGAUCAUAGUCCAGUUCUUGUUCACUUCUAUUUGGAGUGUGCAAUGGAGAAGAAACCAUUUAGAUACUUUCAGAUGUGGAAAGAAGCUCCCUCUUAUGCAGUCAAGAUUCAAACUAGUUGGACUAUACUAGUUGUUCGAACUGCAAUGUUUCAAGUGGUUUCUAAAUUGAAAAGAUUGAAACAUGUAUUAUCGGGUAUUAAUAGAGAAGGUUUUUCUGAUAUUCAGCAGACAGAAUUUAAGGCAAAAAUUUUAUUGAGGGAGCUUCAGGAAGAAAUGGAUAAGGAUCUGCUUAAUGCCUUAUUAUUCAAGAACAAGUGGGUAGAGAAAAUUUCCUCCAUUUUCAUAAAGCUUACAUGA